UCGGACUGUGUAAAGAAGAAUUUAUGUAACGGAGCAGGACGAUGCUUGGCUGACAGUUGUGAACCUGCCGGAUUCAAAUGCGAAUGUUUUGAUAAAUACUGUGGAAAGUAUUGCCAAUGUGAAUGUUGUAAGUAAUGUAAUUUUUUCUUUUUUCAUCUGUUAUAAGAUGGAUUUCACUAAGCACAAUCGUGCAGAAGAUGGUUGUCAACCUGCAAAUAUCAGACUGAGAAAUUGACUGAUUUUUCUCUAUUUUAGAUGACUACGACAUAAAUUUCGAAAAAGCCACGGCUAACAACUUCAUUGAUUUGGGCACGAUAGACACGAACUUCAACGAGCUCACAUUCAGCGCUUGGAUCAAGUUUGAUCCAGGAUUUAUUAAAUACCCCCUGGUAUCAUACGUCACUGAGAACUCGAUAGAAACGUUCGCGCUUGGUUUCCGUUCAGAUAAUACGAGCGGAACGACAAGAGAAGAUGCAAGCGGGGAUGCAAGCGGGGAUGCAAGCGGGGAUACAAUCGGAUAUACAAGAUUGGAUAUAAGCAACGUUACAAGCAAUGGUACAAGCAGGGAGACAAGCGGGGAAACAGACAGAAGGACAAUCGCGGAAUAUUUUGGAAAUUUGUUUGGUCAGCAUGUUAGGUAAGACGUUUGAAGCACACCAAUUAGUCAUAGUAGGAUUCGUCAAGUAACAACACCCUAUACACUCUCAAGCAACAGUAACAAGCUUAACUCUUACAUGUUUUUUAUAGAACAAUUACCAUACCUAUAAAUGAUGGUUACUGGCACCAUGUGGGAUUUGCGUGGUCUGGUGUUACCGGCGAGUGGAUCUUACUUAUUGAUGGUGUUCUUUGGGCGACCAGAAAUGUUUUCACAGGAAAGACAAUACCAUCAGGUGGUGUGUUAACCAUCGGGAAAAUUAUAGACAACGGAGUAACUUACCAUUUAGUUGGAAAAAUAAGUCGUGUGAAUUUAUGGAGCAAAGCAAAGACCGGUGGUGAAAUUGAGGAGAUAGCCAAAAGUCCUGGGUCAAGAGAUGGUGAUUUGAUCAGUUGGUUUACCUUAAAGGAUUUAAUAUCUGAUCUAAAAAUCAUUCGUCCGUCUAAGGCAGCUUUUUCAGGUUGGAUUUAAUGAGAAUAGUUUCUGAAUAUAAAGUGUAUUAUAUAUCAUACUAAGUUCUAAACUGUUCUUCCUUGAGGCCCAGUAAGGGAAGAAAAUCUGAACUACACCAGAUAGCUUUAUUUAUACAUGAUGGCUCUAUCAGUUCUAAACUGUUCUCUUUAGAGGUCCGGUAAUGCAUGGGUAUUCCUUAUUGGUCCAUUAUUAUUAUUACAGAGGAAAACCAGAGUACCCCGAGAAGGCUUGCGAUAUGUAAUCGGCAAACUGGAAUCACUUUUCUCACACGAGGGCCGAGGCAGAUUAUAAGCAGACAACCAUAGCAUGAUUUAAACCCUGGAAACAAACGUAAAAGUCAAAUGCAUUAAACACUGCGGCACUAAUACCACCUUCACAUUUUAAUCAACUUAGGUAAUUCGACGAACUACGAUAUAACUCUACCACUAGCGAUCGUGAAUUAUCCAGGACCAUCCAAAACCAUGAACUUUUUGUCAAGCUGUCUUUGGUUCUGUGGUAAUACGGGCAGUGAAAAUACAAGGAUUUUUUCCUAUGAUGCCUUGAACUCAUUUGUAUUUGGCAUCAGUUCAGGAACCUCAUUGACUUCCAGAAUUAGUGGUUUUUCUAGCAUCAGGUGAGUCUCGCCAUUUGGAAAUUAUUUUGGGUGACAUAUGUGGUUAGAGCGCUGCUCUGCCUCUUAUCUGGUUAGAGCGCUGCCCCUUAUCUCUGAAUUGCUCUGCUACUGUAGGUCGAGAGUAAGGGAUUUAUUUAGGUUGUUUAACUUUCCCAUGUGGACAACCACACCUUAUUUAAUCUAUUAUCAUUAAUAUUUCUAUCUUGUUUUGGUUAUAUAUCACUUAUCUUAUGCCAUUGAGUUAUGGGCUUUGCAAGGCUCUUCACACGAUCUUGCUCUCUUGGAGGGUGUUCAGAGACGAGCAACUAAAUUCAUUCUCCAAGACUCUGACAUGUAUCACCCAAAGCAUCGUAAGAAACUAAAUUUGCUUCCAAUGUCUUAUUGGCUGGAAAAGAACGACCUGCUCUUCUUUUUCAUGUGUGUUCAAGAUCUUUUCUUUUGUCACUUUCUCUUCGGAAUCUCAAAACUUACCUAACCUUUACAACAUUUCUCUCUUUUCCAAUUAUCAACAGGAUUGUUUUCCUUUGGAACAAUCUUCGAUCCCCAUUCAUAUCCUUAAAUGUAGUUCUAUUUCCUCUUUGAAACACAAUCUUUAUGCUCACAAUUUUUCAAACUUGAAUCGACCUUUGAUUAAAAUAGAUUGCGAACGUUCACUGAAAGUGUCGUUCUCACAACUAAAGUCGCUGUUCUUGAGGAUUGUGUUCAUUUCUUUUACCAGAACUGUUGCAAGUGGUUUCCAACGAUGGCAUUUUCUUUGUAUACAAUGGAAUGGAAUUGAAGGAACAGUCACAUACUUUUAUGACGGCUACAGAGCUAAAAUCAAAGUACAAAACGAGAUGUUGAAAACACAACUACCCAAAGGAAAGAAUUUUAGCAUUGGUUUAAGCGAUGAAAUAGGGACGCUGACACAGCUGAAUAUUUGGGAUUAUGAAAUAGCAGCGAGUAAUGUUAUAGCUAUGUCAUCAGGAGGAUUCAAUGUACAUGGAAGUGUGCUGUCUUGGAGCAGCUUGGCGAAAUAUGCCCCCCAUGCAAGAAUCAAUUGGAAUACUGAGAUCUAUCUGCCAGGUAAGGCGAUCUAAUGGAUUCUUUGGAGUCACGUUGCGCCCUGCAGAACAAACUGGAAAACUUUGUAAUAGUCACAACAUUUCCUCGAAUGUUUUUCCGUUUGCAGUUUGCCCACACCAGUCCACAUUGUUGCCGGCCUGAGUUUUGCCUCUCAAAAGGAAGGACUAACCAUGAAACUGCAUACUUUUUGUUCCCCAAGUGUGAUUGUUUUCCGGUUUGUUCAUGUUUGGAAAACAUGGCUAAGAAAUAAUUUUUCCUGGUUUAUCCUUUAUGUGGAAACCUGGCUAUAGGUACCACAACGUUUUGAUCAUAAUUCUCUCAUUCUGUUAUCAAGGUUUUACAAUUUUGGCAAGGAGAACGAAGUGGUGCAAUGAUCAAUUCCCUGGCGCGUCGUGCACAGGCGAACUUCUUGCAAGACUUGGUGGUUAUCCUCCACGAACGAACAUGAAAUGGCGAUGUUAUUGUCCAUCCUCACUGCUGGGCGCAAAAUUCACUUAUGAUUUUUCCACAGAAAGUCCUUCCUAUCAUUAUGGCCACAGCUCUCUUAUUGUUCUUAACUAG